AGCGGGCAGCGGGAAUGCCGGGCGGCGUGGGGGCGGGGCCUCACGUCGGGUACAGUCAUCCCAAGCCUCUGCGGCGGGAUUGUGAUGGCCGGAGAGAUGACGAUCUUAGGAUCAGCUGUUUUGACUCUUCUCUUGGCUGGCUAUUUAGCACAACAGUAUUUACCUUUGCCUACUCCUAAAGUGAUUGGUAUUGACCUUGGCACCACCUAUUGUUCCGUUGGGGUGUUUUUUCCUGGUACAGGAAAAGUAAAGGUGAUUCCAGAUGAAAAUGGGCAUAUCAGCUUACCCAGCAUGGUAUCUUUUACUGACGAUGACGUGUAUGUGGGAUAUGAAAGCUUGGAGCUGGCAGAUUCAAAUCCUCAAAACACAAUAUAUGAUGCCAAAAGAUUCAUAGGCAAGAUUUUUACCCCAGAGGAGCUGGAGGCUGAAAUUGGCAGAUACCCUUUUAAGGUUUUAAACAAAAAUGGAAUGGUUGAGUUUUCUGUGACAAGUAAUGAGACCAUCACCGUUUCCCCAGAAUAUGUUGGCUCUCGACUGUUGUUGAAGUUAAAGGAAAUGGCAGAAGAAUAUCUUGGAAUGCCAGUUGCCAAUGCUGUCAUUUCUGUACCAGCGGAAUUUGAUCUAAAACAGAGAAAUUCAACAAUCGAAGCUGCUAACCUUGCAGGAUUGAAGAUCUUGAGGGUAAUAAAUGAACCUACAGCAGCAGCUAUGGCCUACGGUCUCCACAAGGCUGAUGUCUUCCAUGUCUUGGUGAUAGACUUGGGUGGAGGGACUCUAGAUGUGUCAUUACUAAAUAAGCAAGGAGGGAUGUUUCUAACCCGAGCAAUGUCCGGAAACAAUAAACUUGGAGGGCAGGACUUCAAUCAGAGAUUGCUUCAAUACGUGUAUAAACAGAUCUAUCAAGCAUAUGGCUUCUUCCCCUCUAGGAAAGAGGAAAUCCACAGAUUAAGACAAGCUGUGGAAAUGGUCAAAUUAAAUCUGACUCUUCAUCAGUCUGCUAACUUGUCAGUAUUACUAACAGUAGAGGAGAAGGAUAAGGAACCUCGGAGUAGUGACACUGAACUGUCAAAGGACACGCUUUCCUCUGCAGAUGGCCACCGUGUGAACAGUGGAUUUGGACCUGGUCUUUUUGAAAAGAAAACUGGAGCACGUCAAGUUUUAUUUGAAACAGAAAUAUCACGGAAGCUCUUUGAUACCCUUAAUGAAGAUCUCUUCCAGAAGAUACUCGUACCCAUUCAGCAAGUGUUAAAAGAAGGCCACCUGGAAAAGACUGAGAUAGAUGAGGUGGUUUUAGUUGGCGGUUCUACUCGUAUUCCUCGAAUCCGCCAGGUCAUUCAAGAGUUCUUUGGAAAGGAUCCCAAUACAUCUGUAGACCCUGACUUAGCAGUGGUAACGGGAGUGGCGAUCCAAGCAGGGAUUGAUGGAGGCUCUUGGCCUCUCCAAGUGAGUGCUUUAGAAAUUCCCAAUAAGCAUUUACAAAAAACCAACUUCAACUGAAUUCUGGAGGAAUCAUGAUAAUUUAUGAUCUUAUCUGAUGAUCUUUUCCCUUUAUUAGACUACCUCCUCCAAAAAAGGAAAGUAUCUAAAAUAGCUCACAAAACUUCCCACAUUUAGAUACAGGAAAAUUUUAUAUAGCAUUUUGCUUUAGGAUUAAUUGUGACCAGAUUAAUCCUACUUGAUUUUGGAGAGAUACCAUUGCAACAAAUAUGUCAAAAAUGGGAAAAUUGAGGUAAAACUGUCUUAAAAGAGCAUGAAUAACUGUAUUUCCUGGAUUCUGGAACUAGAUAACCAUAGGCGCUUAACAUUAUAUUCUAUAAACAUUAAAUAGUGCCAAUUAUAAAAUAGUGCCAGUUCUUACUAAAUUGUAUUAGCAGGACCUGGUAAUUUCCUUACUUGGUUAUCAGACGUGACUAUUAAUUUGAACUAUACUUGAAGGACAGUAUUGAUGUCAGGUAUUUACAUUGGCUGGGAGAUAGCCGUAUUAUUAGUAUAAGCUGCAUACAUAAUAUUCAGUAACUGCCGUAUUAUACAGCAUAUUUUACAUUCACAAAUUCACUAUCCUGUUAUCUGUCAUAUUCUCAUAAUCUGCAUUUUCUGUUUUGAAUGUAUUUAGUAGAUCAAUUUUCUUUCUAAAAUAGCCACAGGUUUAUUCAAAUGUUGCAAUACUAGAUAGUAGAAAUACCUAAUUUGUAUUCUAGUUUCUUCAUUUCAUGUAUCAUUCUCUGGCUUUCUAUGAUUCUGUUUUGUUAGAAAAUAAUCAGAAAUUAUUAAUUGCGUUUUUAAAAUGUUUUAUGUCACAUAAAGCCAUUGUUACUAUCUCAUUUUUUGAUACCCAAGACCUUUGCAGACAUUGGUAAAUAGCAUUAAUUACUGUAUUGAUUUUGCAUUUUUGGUCUUUUGUUUAUAGUUUCAGUAAGCCCUGGGGAAUGUAGCAUGCAUUUGAGCUAUCAGAUGUACUUGAUUCAGCUCAACUGAAAUUUUUUCUCAUAUUUAAGUAAGGAAAGUAUGUUCAAUCUGAAAAGCUCUGUUAAUUGUUUUUUAUUGUUAUUUUAAAUAGUCACACUUAGACUAUUUUCAGCCAUCAGGUUAGUGUGCAAUGAGAACAAAAUGUUUGUGAAUACUGGGAGUGAUGCAGAAGGCAUUGUGGAAAGCUUCCGUAAAUCAGCAUUUGAGUUGUGUGUUUGUUUUAUUUUUUUGUUGUUGUUUAUCUCCUAUAAGAAAAGCCACAGGGACCAAGAAAGAAGAUAUAUCAGUUUGAUUUCUGUGAUAUUCAUUUUAUUUGAAGAUAUAUUUCUGUAUGUUUUUCCUUAAUAGAGGAAUGCUUCAUAUUAUUAUCCAUAAAUUAUAUCCUGGUUAACAUUUUUGUUACUAUAAAAUGUGUUUGCUUAAUCCAUUACUGAAUUUUGAAGGAUGUUGAAUUUCCAAUCGCUGAAAAGGAAUCACUAAGCAAAUUUAUUUCAACAUCAAAACUUCUCAGUUUCUUAAUAAAACAAGCUAAAGGUUCUUAUAUUUUGGUCUAAAAAAAAGUGUUUACCAAUGAAAUUGCAGUUAACACACAUUUCAAUCAAAUACUUUUGUGUAGAAAAAAAUGUUUAUAGUAGGUAGGUAGAAAAAUAUAAAGUAUGUUGAUAUGUUUUAUUUUAGAACUAAAGAGGAAAUGCCAAAGAUGAAUCCUUCACUGCAUUUUAAAAAUAUCUCAAGUGUUCUCUUGGACUUUAUAUAAUUUUUAAUAGAUUUUAACACUGAAAAAAUAUUUUUAUGAAGGUCUUCAAGAGAAAAGUUUUCAAUUUAUAUCCACAAGCAGUGUUAGUGUUAACCUAAACUGUUACGAAAUUUUUAAAGACCUUGAAUUUCUCAAAUAUUAACAUAGUUUAAGACAAUCUGUUAAUGAUUUUUAAAGAAAAUAAUUUAUAAAAUAGGAGAGGCAGCUAAUCUCAAGCUAAUUCUCAAAUUGGAAUUUAAAUAAUUUGCAUUUGAAAAAUAGAAUGGCAGUGUUGGAAUUUGGGGGCAAUAGUUUAGCAUAUUCUCUAGUUUAAUUACAUCUUUAAUGAAAUGGAAGGAUGUCUGUUUUCAGUCCUGUUGUAGGUGGUUAUAUAUAGUCUUGAAAUCAAUGUAGUUUAUUUAUUUAAAAGAUAAGAAUGUAUCCUGAAAAGGAUGAUUUAUGACUAACUUAAGUUGUUUUUCAUAAAACAAAUAUAUGUUCGUUGUACAUUUAGCUAGUGUUUUUUGAAGUACAUAACUUUUAAAAUAUUAGGUGUCUUGUGUGAUUAGAACAUGUAAAUGAGUUUAUUUUGUUAGCAGGAAUGUUUUGGUACUAUGUUUUCACUCAAACCACUGACUUAACAGAUACUAUUGUAUGUGUAACGUGUACUAAAUAUUACAGUUACUGUGCAUAACAGAUUGUGCCUCUUAAAUUUGUGAGUAUACAGGUAAUUCAUGUUUUAGUGUAAAUAAAUACCAUUUUGAAGUUUUGUUUUUUAAA